AUGUCCCUGUGUCUCCCAUCGAGGCGGUUCAGGUUCGUGUCGUGGAAUGGCCUGGAGCAGUGUGAUGUCACGGGUGACCAGCUGACCUGCCCCAGGGUCCGAGAAGGGCCUUCAGAAGAGGAGCUGUUUCUAAGAGAGGGGGAUUACAUCUGUUUGGAGAGAGGGAGGCGAAGCAGGAGGAGAGAGGAGGAAGGACAGAGAUGGGAGGAUAGACUGCAAGAGAAUUGGGAAAACUGCCUGGAGUUAAAUCUGUCCUACCAGGACUUGGGGGACCCCUUCCAGCAAGAGAAUUUCCUGCGGAUCCUCCGUCGGUUGAUCCGGGUGGAGAAACUACAACUGGUGGACAACUCCCUCGCCAACCUGAGUUCCGUGCUGCUGCCACGGUGCAGGAUGCUCAACCUGCACCGCAACCACCUGGCGUGUCUGCGUCAGCUGCCAAAGCUCCCGGCGGUGGAGCACCUGUGUCUGUCCGAGAACGCCGUCGGCUCCCUGGGAGGUCUGGCGGCCCUGAGGAACGGCCCGCUCCGCUCCCUGAACCUGACCCGCAACCCGGUGACCUUCACCCGGGACUACCGUGCGCGCGUCUUCCUCUGUUUGCCAAAGCUUGAGGUCCUGGAUGGAAUCCCCAAACUGCCAGAAGACUCUCGACCCACCAGACUACAGUUCCCAGAAAGCACCAGGAUGUGCAACAUUUUAUGACCCUCUCAGUCGGCUGAAGCGCUGGUCAACAAAGCGAGGUCAAGCUGUUGAUAUGCUCCAAAGCAAUGCAAAAAUACGUUUUAUACACAUCUGUCUUUUUAUCAUUAUUAAGACCUUUGUAAUCGUAAUCUUUUUACA